AUGCCAGAUUUGACUGAGACUAAUGGUUCCAGCACAUUUGCGCAGGAUAAGCGGUCACUUUGUUCUGCUAUGAUAUCAAGCGGCUGUCAUUUGGUUGAACUGGAUCUAUCUGAUAACGCUUUUGGCUCAGUUGGUGCCGAGAGUAUAGAAAAUUUUUUGAAAACUGCUUUUACUCUUAGAAUCUUGAAAUUGAAUAAUACUGGUCUCGGUAGAGGUUUGAUAAUCAUUGCAAACGCUCUAAAAAAGUGCAUAUUAAAUGCUAAUCGUUUGGGGAAAAAAUUUUCUUUACAAACAUUCAUAGCAGGAAGAAAUCGUCUCGAGGCUGAUGGUGCAGUGGCUCUUGCAGGGCUUUUCCAAAUGAUUGAUUCUCUCGAGGAGGUUGAUAUACAUCAAAAUGGUAUUAAUUCGGAAGGUAUUAUUGCUCUGUCCAGUGCAUUUAAAUGCAAUCCUAAUUUGAAAAUGAUUAAUUUAAGUGAUAAUACAUUUAAUGAAACUGGUGCGAAAGCUGUUGCCGAGGUAUUGCAAUUUUUGCAACGAAUUGAAAUUCUCAAUUUUUCUGAUUGUUUGUGUCGAAAUACGGGCGCACUUGCAAUCGUUUCUAGUCUUAGUUCAUCCAUUCAUUUAUCACUAAAGGAAAUCAAUUUAUCUGGGAACGAAAUGGAUUAUGAAACUGUCAAGGCUGUAAUAAAUGCUAUGGAUAAUUCUGGAUUUCAUCUGAAAUCUUUAAUUUUACAUACAAAUAAUAUAGGUGAACAGUUUCAGAAACUUAAAGAGGAAAAUGUACACAAAGAUUUCAUUAAUCUUGGAACUGAAAGUGAUGACCAAGGGUCACUUGAUGGUGAAGAUGUGGUUUAUCAGAGCGAUUCUGAUGGUGAUGAAAAGGGCCCUUUAUGUGAGAAUAUAAAUGGGUCCAGAAAUUUCGAUUUUGGAUCAGUCGAUAAGGAAAUCCUUGAAUUCAUUGAACAUCCGAAUGUCACACACGUUUUCAAGUUCUUAGAAAAAAAAAAUUUCCUUGAUUUUAUUAAGCAAGAUCUAAAAGGUCGCUUCCAAAAAACAACGGCUGCUUUUCUUUUUGCAUUAUCUUCAUUAAUAACAACAGCAAAUCAGAAUGACGCUCAUUUUAUGAUGGCGAUUACAGACAUAGCAGAUUCCAUUCUUUCUUUAGCAGAAUCACUUCUGCGCUUUCCUUUAUCACCUUCCGAGCAAAUAUGUAAUUUACUACUUGCAUUUGCUGGAGGAGUGCCUGUUACAACAAUGCAAUUCGGCAGAAAAAUCCAGUAUAUAAUAAAGGCCUAUCUUGAUAUUUUAAGGUGUAUUUUUGCGGUUCUAAACCAAAAGGUAGGUUCUAUGAUCAAAUCAAAUAAAAAAUUUAAAUGA